AAUCAAAGAAGGUAGCAUUAGGUGAAUAGAUGGACCUCCCAAAUGCCCCCACCGGGCCACACCAGUGUCCCAUUUGCGGUUGGUGCCAUCAGAUGUGUCAAAAAAAAUUUGGUAUAGUGCUUAAGCUUCAGAAACCGCACCUAAUUCCCACCAUUAACUCACACAAGUCUAUGACCAUGAUGCAAGCCAAAGAUCUUGUAUGAUCCACAUUACAUACCACAUUUCUCUCACAAAGAUUUAAAUAUCUUGUCUCUCACUCAGUACUAUACUUGUUCUUUUUCUUCCUCUCUACCCAUCUUAAUUUAAAAUAAAUUAUAAAUAAUAAUAAAUAAUCUUUCUAUUCUUAUUUAACAAAUCAAGUUGAAAACUUUAGUUUUGGUCUAGACAGUUGUGGGUUUUGAUUAUCUUCCUAGUUCCUUCCUACUAUAAGAAAGGUCUAUUUUGUUUCAUUUCUCUACUUUCUCAUAAAUUAACCACAAAAAUUCUUCAAAUGAAUAAUUAGACCAACUCCUAAGCCCAAACUCAGAAGUUUCUAAAAAAAAUCAAACCGAUAUUAUUACAAGUUGCACUCCCUCCACGUUUUUCUUAAUCUUCAUUUUUCAGCGCGCCUUAUAUACAUAUUUACACACAGUGGGCUUAAUAAUAAUAGUAAUAACUUAUAGAGAGGGAAAACACUAUUGGAUGUGAUUCAGAGAGACAGAGAGAGAGAGAGAAGUGAGCAAUGAAGAAGAAGUGUGAGCUCUGUGAUUCACCAGCAAAGAUGUACUGUGACUCGGAUCGGGCUAGCCUAUGCUGGGAUUGCGAUGGCCGAGUCCACAGUGCAAAUUUCCUGGUAGCUAAGCAUAUGAGGACUCUACUCUGCCGUGUUUGUCAAUCUUUGACUCCUUGGAGCGGCUCAGGGCCCAAACUCAGCCCCACUGUUUCGGUCUGCCACAACUGUGUUAAUGGCUGCUAUCAAAACGAGACCGGAAUCCAACAAAACGAUGACGAAGAAGACGACGACUACGAAGAAGAUGAAGAUGAAGAUGACAGUGAAGAAAACAACGAUGAGGAUGAUAAUAAUGAUGGUGAUGGUGAUGGUGGUAGGGAUGACGAAGAUGAUGAAGAGAAUCAAGUAGUUCCAUGGUCAAAUAAUCCACCUCCACCAGUGUCAAGCAAUUCAAGUUCAAGUGGCGAGUCUUCAAAGUCCAACGGCUUGUUUAGUAGACAAAGAAAUCCUUCUGAGUCAAAAACGACAUUUUCCUGGAAAAGGAGCUUUUCAAAAACAGGGUUUUCCUCAUGAGAGCUGCUUGCCAUUAUUCUCAGCCAGAAAACAAAAUACACAAAUGAUGAGGGAAUUUUGAAGCUGGGGGCUAGCUAGACCCAAAGGAUCUUGGUUUGUGUCAGCCUGGUUUGGUACAUGAUCUGCCAUAUUGCUCAAAUGUGACAACUAUUUUUCUUUUACUAACUAAUAGAACCUUUAAUCACUUUCACAUGUAAAUUUUUCUUUUUUCUUUUUCUUUUUUUUUCUUUUUUAUUUACAUGUAAUCAUUAUUAAUGUAAAUCAAUUUUAAGGGCACAUUACGAUUGACCA